AUGCAGCCGAAUAAAUCAGACGCGUACUGGAACGACUUCAACUCCAGGUACUACACCUGCGGUACGGCCAUCAGGAUCAGCCAGACUGCGGACGAUGGGAUGCUGGCCUGGAGGUGCCGGCAUUUCGGAGACUUUCCCAACCUGGCCAUCUCUGCCAACCCACCCAGCGGAGCCUAUCACGGUGCCGAACUUUCACCUCUUUUCGGCACGCUGCCUCAGAAGCUGCCCAGCACUGCAGUCGAGCUGGCGACUGCUGAGUUUCUUCGGGGGGCGUGGACGACCUUUGCCAAAGAUACUUCAUCUGGCUUACUUGGCUACGUUGGUGGAUGGCCGAUCCAUGAUCCCGCUCAGCUUACCCUUGCUCAAAUUGCGCGUGACAACCAGACGGGAACAAAUUUGGGUCUCGGGAGCUCAUUUGAUGGGAUUUGCUUGUCUUUGCCGGCGAUUCCUCUUUCCUAG